AUGUCUUAUUCGCUACGAACUAACAAUGACAAACGGGAUCCCAUUCAACCGUACGAUCUUAUUGAACGUAAUUGGGCCACAGUGAUCAAAGAACAAGCUACCAAAUUAAUAUCAGGACAACAAACACCCGGGAAAAUUUUGGUUACCACUGUGGUGAUAUUGAGUUUGACAUCACUUGUGAUAUAUUUUUACGAUGUUACAACUCAACACAUAGAAUCGUGUCGAAAUUGGAAUGAAAAUCUCUCGCAACAGAUCGAUUUGGCAUAUAAAUUAAAAUUUUGGUGCUUGGAUAUUUAUUCGUUUGUCGACUAUUUCACUAUACCUCCAUCAUUUACAGCCAUUGUGCUUGGUAGAAAUUGGAUUGGAAUGAGAUUUGUUCGUAUUGCUCGUAUUAUGAAUAUACCGGAAACAUUGCAAUUUUUACAUAUAUUAAAAAGUAGCAAUUCAAUUCGUUUAUCACGAAUGUUUUGUCUCGUUCUUACUGUUUGGCUUAGUGCAGCGGGAUUUGUGCAUCUGAUUGAGAAUUCUGGUGAUUUUUUUCAAAAUUAUUCAAACUCCCAAACAAUAACCUAUUUUCAAUGUGUUUACUUUUUGAUUGUUACUAUGAGCACUGUUGGAUAUGGAGAUUUUUACUUGAGAACAGUUCGUAGUAGUAUUCAGUAUGUUUUUGUUUGUGAAAUAUUUGUUCAAAUUGAAAACACUUUAUUAACAGUUAUCAAAAAUAUUUUUAGAACGUUGGUCAAUGUUUUAUCAUCGUUUUCAUUACCUGUGGUUUGGUUUGUCAUUGUAUGUGGCCAUAUAACAUUUACAUCGGUUGAAAACUUUCUUAAAGAUUUUUUACAUGAAGACCGUAUUAACAGUGAUGAAUUUUAUGAUGCUGAUGUACUUAUUGUUGACAAGAAACAAACAGUGGAUUUUGAAUUUCAAGCAUUAUUAAAGCGGCAUUUUACUCGUGUAAAAUACUUUGAUGCAACCGUAAUGGAUCCUGUUGAUCUUCAACGAAUAAAAAUAAAACGAUGCGAAACAAUUUUGAUAUUAGCAAAUAAAGAUGCAAGUGAUCCGGAUGGAGAGGAUGCCAGUAAUAUAAUGCGAGUAAUUAGCAUUAAAAAUUAUCAUCCGGAGGCUAAAAUCAUCGUGCAAUUAUUGCAAUAUCAUAAUAAACAACCUGCAACAGAUCGACCUGAUUGGCUUCAACAAUAUCUUCGUGGUGCAUCACUUGAAAUGUAUACAGAAACAUUAUCCAAUUAUUUUGUUCAGGAUUUAAAAAGUUUUAGUGAAGCCGCUAAAUUUUGCUUUGUCGAAUUGAAUAUUCUAUUAUUUGCCAUCGAAGUUUGUGAAGAUAAUGGUACACGACGUUUAGCUAUUAAUCCUGAUAGUACAUCAAAAUAUUAUCGAAUUUCUAAUAUAACACGUGGUUUUUUUCUUGCUGGUAGUUCAGAAGAAGCGUCAAGAAAACCAGUAUCAAAUUUGCCUCUUGAAUUUUGUUUUGAUACAACCGGAAUGUUCUAUUGGUGUCCAACACAAGAAAUUGAACAACAGACAAUAGAUUCUCGAAUGAAGUGUGAAUUAUCGAAUCAUGUUAUUUGUUGUAUAUUUGCUAGAGAAAAUUCACCAGUAAUUGGUUUAAGAAAUUUUGUUAUGCCACUACGUGCAAGUAAUUUCGAAGAAUAUGAAUUGAAACCUAUCGUAUUUGUUGGUAAUAGUGUAUUUUUAAAAAAAGAAUGGAAACAUAUAUGUAAUUUUCCAAAACUUUAUAUUAUCGAAGGUUCACCAAAUGAUCGAGCUGCUCUAAGGGCAGUUAACAUUGAAUUAUGUGAUAUGUGUGUUAUACUCUCAUCAUCUCAACCACAACGUGAUUAUGACAUGAAAUCAUCAUCUCAUGAUAGAUAUUUGACAGAUAAAUCGGCCAUAUUAUGUUCGUUAAAUAUAAAAGCAAUGAAUUUUGAAGAAAAUUUGUGUUUAAAGAGAACAAAAGAUUCCAAUAUAAAUGGAAAAUUACGUGGCACAAGCAUACCGUUGAUUACUGAACUAAAAAAUGAUUCAAACGUGGUUUUUCUUGAUCAAGAUGAUGAAGAUGAUCCAAAUAUUGAACUUUAUAUGACUCAACCAUUUGCGUGUGGUACAUCAUUUGCCAUUAGCGUUUUGGACUCUCUAAUGAGCGCGACUUAUUUUAAUGAAAAUGCGUUAACUAUUUUACGAGCACUGAUUACGGGAGGAGCUACUCCCGAGCUGGAAAGAAUAUUAGCUGAGGGUGCUGGAAUGACACAAGGAACAAAUUCAAAAGAAGUACUUGAUAAUAGAUGUCGACCACGUGUUGUACUCGUAUCUGCGUCGGAUAUUGUACAAAACGAAAAACGGAAAAAUUCAGCUAUUAAAAUUUUUCACAGUACAUUUUGGACAGACAACCCAACAUACGGUGAUUUAUUUGUAAAUUUAUUACUACAAAAAGACUGGUUAUGUCUUGGCUUAUAUCGUUAUCGUGACAAUAUUACAUUGGAUCCAAGUAAUAAUAAUCCAUCACCGAAACGUUAUGUAAUAUGUAGCCCCUCGAAACACUUUCACGUAUUACAAUCUGAUCUGAUCUAUAUUAUUCAACAAUUUUUGCCCAAAUACGAAUUUGAAAAGUCACAGCCGUUCACAUCGACGAAAUCUCAUGAAGAAGCUACAGAUUCAUCAUACCAGAAAACAGGUCCCUCUUUCGAAUUGCAACAUCCAGCUCAACUACCAAUAAGUUUAUUCACCAAUUUUAAUACGCCAUCUAACUCUAAAACAUCGCCUCUGACCAAAGACAUUUCUGAGUUAAGCUCAGAAACGCAACAAGAACAUCAACAACAGCAGCAAUUAAAGACCUCUGCUGAUAAAUCGAAUCCUGUAAUUCUUGUACGAGAAGCAACAGCUGCCGAUGCUGCUGAAUUAUCAUUAAUUGCCGAUUCAAUAUUUCGUGAAACAUAUCCUACUACUAUCGCACAAGAAAACAUGAUGAUUUAUUUAGCAGAAAAUUUUAGUCCUACGAUUCAAUUAACUGAAAUUACUAAUCCAAUGAUACGAACAUUAAUUGCCUAUGUCGAUGGAGAAGAUGAGUCAAUUAUUGGUUAUGUACAACUGCGAAAUAGUUCGCCGCCAUUAUGUGUUAGUGAACAAGUAUCGUCAACCUCAAUCUCACUAGAAAUCAUGCGCUUCAAUGUUGUGUCAAAUUAUCGUGGCAAAGGUGUUGCACAAUGUCUAAUGAAUAAAUGUUUAGCACAAGUUGAAUUUACCUCACAAGCACUUUGGUUUAGUAUCCUUAUGGAUAACACCAAUAAUCGAGCUAUUCGUUUUUUUAAAAAAUUUCAAUUUCGAAUUGUAGGUAGUUGUCAAAUGAGAAUAGAUCGUUUAUCCUGCGAUUUAUUAGCAUUGUAUUCGUAUUUAAUAAGAAAAAUGAAGUUCAAAACAGCUGCAUUAACAAUCAAAAUAAGUCAUUGUGUUAUUAUUAAAUUUAAACUGAAUUUGAGUUUUAAAGAAAAGGAAAGAUUCAGCGAACGAAGAAGACAAGCUGGAGUUAAUCAAUUGGGUGGAGUAUUUGUGAAUGGUCGUCCUCUACCCCAUCAUGUUCGUCGACAAAUUGUAGAAUUGGCUCUUAUGGGUAUAAGACCGUGUGAUAUUAGUCGACAAUUACUUGUCUCACAUGGGUGUGUGUCAAAAAUUCUUACGAGAUUUUAUGAAACUGGUUCAAUAAAACCGGGUUCAGUGAAUGGACGAAAUAAAUUAUUACCAUCACCAGGAAAUAACUCUUAUUCAAAUACUUCAGUCAGUGCUGAAACACCAUUAUCAUUUAACAGACAUCCACAAUCACCGUGUACUGUCAAACGCACAUCCGAAAUUACUGCCACUACAUUUCACUCGCUCUCAUCAACGUCUACUCCAAAAUCCAAAAUGGUAAAUUUUUAUUCAAAUAAUCAUCUAUCAGAAUGUUUUUCAAUGAAUAACAAUAGACAAAACACAUCUUCAUUAACUAAUUCAUUUCGUUCUAUUCUCUAUCCAUUUGUUAUUCAACCAACGAAAAAGACAUCCCAUCCAUGUACUAACGAUGAUAGUAACAGUAGUAGUAGUAAAGAUGAAUACAUGACAAAUUCAGAACUGACAUCAAAUAAUUCAGUUACAUCCGAUUCGAUGCAAGCAACAACAAGUGAUGAUCUAUUAACAUUAAACAACCAAACUGUAUCAUCCUCAAAUACAAAUAAAAGACCGAUACUUAAACAUUCCAUUGAUAGUAUACUUGCAUCAGAAACAACAAUGAAUCGAAAAAGACGUUUAAUUGAAUGUAAGUGA